AUGUUCCUGAAGGUCACUGUGACCGCCAAGGAGUGCCAGGGCAUUCAGAGCGCCUUGGCGUGUCCACCUGGGGCCAACCCGGAGACGGGAUCCAAGCCAGAUUCCACCUCCUGUCAGCUUUYGCCCUGCGUUUUUAUUACGAUCUCCAAGCCAAAGGAAGGACACGAGGCAGUUAAAGCUUUGCUAAAGUAUCUAGAAACUGCUGAGCAAAGCCCAGGCCCUGCCAUGGCCUUCGUGCCCGCGAAGAGGAAGAAGAAGAAGACCUCRCCGGUGCAGAGCGGCAGCGCAGCCCAGGGCAGACCCUUGUCAGCCGACAGAGCCAGUUCUAGCACCUUUGAAGUGAAACCUGAUGAAGUCAGAUGUAAAGAAACUACCACUUGUGGUGAGGAAUGUCCUGGACCAAAAGAGACAGAAGAGACACCAGAUGUACCACAGGGACCAGGACCAUAUUUUUAUAUUGGUGGAUCUAAUGGAGCUGGGCUUGUGAGCAUCUACUGCCAGAGACGUGGCUGGCAGCGUAUCUWUGACAACAGAAGAGAGGAUUAUGCGCUGAAAUGGUGUGAGACCAAGUGCCGAGACACCUAUAACAGCUUCAAAGAAGGUGAGCAGCUUCUCUACCAGAUUCCCAACAACGGAAUCCUCACCACUAAGAUAGGUCUCUUAAACUGCCUGAGAGAACAAGAGCGGGUGAUGAACAAGAUCACCUGGAGCUCUAACUACAAGUUACUGAAGAUGGGAGAGUUCUUCCCGGAAUCUUUUCGCCUGGACUUACGAGAUGAAAGGAAUGCCUUUUUUGAGCUUUGCCAAGAAGGAGAUAUUUGGAUCUGCAAACCCACUUGCUCUAACCAAGGCCGAGGGAUUUUCCUGCUUAAAAACCGAGCUGCUGUCACCACCUACCAAGCGAAGCUCCACAGCACCGAGGAAGACCAGCUCAGUAAGAAGGGGUCAUGCAGGGUUCCUCAGGCCAGGAUAGUGCAAAGGUAUAUUCACCAGCCCCUGCUCCUAGAAGGCAAGAAGUUUGACGUCCGGUCCUACCUCCUCAUUGCCUGCACGGUGCCCUACGUGCUGCUCUUCGCCCAAGGUUACGUGCGCUUGACCUGCACCCGUUACGAUGCUGCUUCGGAUGACCUGACUGCUCAUCUGACCAACCAGUACGUGCAGAAGAAGAACCCCCUGUACAACCAGCUCAAAGAGGAGACAAUCUGGCGGAUGGAGCGCUUCAACAGCUACGUUAAUGAGAAGUUCAGGAGAGCCAAUGGCCUCCCGAAGGACUGGGUUUUCACUGUGUUUACUAAAAGGAUGCAGCAGAUCAUGGUGCAGUGCUUCCUGGCGGCCAAGCUCAAGCUGGAGCGCAAGCUGGGGUAUUUUGAUCUCAUCGGCUGCGACUUUUUAAUUGAUGAAAACUUUAAGAUAUGGCUUCUGGAGAUGAACGCAAACCCAGCGUUGCAUACCAACUGCAAAGUCUUGAGAGACGUCAUUCCCACCAUCGUCUACGAGAGUCUUGAUCUGGUUCUUGAGAUUUUCAACAAGUGCCUCAAGGGCCAGAGCCUCUUGCCUUUAGAGACACUUGGCCGUUUUGUGCUUCUCUACAAGGAAGAUGCUGCAGCCCCCGGCCAGAUACCAGCGAAGCUCAGAAUUUCCCCCUGCAUGGGCAGAAAGUGGUCCAUUUCAGAAGGCCAGAGUGAAGGGUUCCCCCAUCCUAAGGAUCCUGUGGCCCUCACAGAGACACAAGAUGUGAGUAUGAGCAGGGCCACCAGGGUGCUGCUGUUUGGUUCAUCAAUGCUCAGAAAUCGUUUUGAGACCAUUUUAGGGAAGUUGAUACAGAAUUCCAAGGGUCUCCUUCCUCUUGCUGGGAUGCGCAUGAGAAAGGUAGUGAGUGCAAUCAGCAACACAUUUGAAAUUGCUGGGUCCAUGAUAGAAUCCAGACUCAUCUGCUGCCAGAAUUCAGCCAACUUGGACAUGUGGGUCCAAAACCUCCAGCACCACAUUGAGAAGGCAGAUGCUACCUGCCCCAGCAGGCACAACAGCCUCAUCUCUUUUCUGAAAUCCGAGGAAAGACUGCUGAUCCUGUUCCCAGAAGAUCUGCUUUUCCUCUCUGUAGAUAAGGAGAGGACUGCAAUCACAUAUGAGGGAAAACUCCCCAUAGCUGGAAUCCAGGCGAAGAGGAAAACAGCUGUGCUGGGGGGGCUGCAGUUUGAAAUUACAGGAAGCCUGACAGAACCGAUCCUGGUCAUCUGUUCUACUGUGGAGGAUUAUGAAAAAUGCCUCUUCCACCUACAGAAGGUGGAGAAAAACCUAGAUACUCCGACUCUUCCACCACCACCCAUCAUCCCUAAGAAAUCCCGGCAAUAUCCAAAGUAUAUCAUUAGCCCGGAGCAACAAGAGCAAAGACCCUGA